UUACGAGCAGCUGACGUCACACGCUGUUACAUGUGGAUAAGCGAUUUGUAGCAUAACAGUUUAAUUUCUUCAACUGUGUAGAUUUGGUUACGGUUUAUUCGGUGUUUUAGAAAGACUGUCGAAUCUCAGCGACCACAGUUCAUUCAUAUGGAACGACAAAAGCCCGCAGUUAGUAGAAGAACAGCUGCAGAUAUCUGAACUUGUUAACGUUAGCCAGAUCGCUACUUUAGCAAAGGAAGGGAAAGCGAAGGCUACAUGACAUGGAAAACUACAGAAAAGCACGCACAGUCGAACAGCCCUGCCCGUGUCCGUUCCCCGACCUUCCCAGCGACACUCCAGAAGUUCGAGUGAAGGAUGGCAGCAAAAUCCGCAACCUCAUGAGGUUUGCUUUAAGCCGCAUGGAGGAGAAAACAGCCUCGGCAGAUCACCCAGGCCCUCAUGAAGGCUCAGAGGUGAGCGUUGGGUCGGGGGAAAAUCUGUGCCGCCAAAUCGUGUUCACGGGUGUGGGUCCGAGCGUGGCUAAAGCCAUCACGUGCGUGGAGAUCAUGAAACGGCGUGUACAUGGCCUACACCAGCACACCAAGCUGGUCUAUCGCACAGUUCAGGAGGUCUGGGAGCCCCUGGAGCCUGAGGCCGGGUUGGACAGUCUCACAGUCAGCAGAAAUGUACCCAGUAUAUGGGUUCUGCUCUCAAGAGACUCACUUGAUAAGAACCAGGCAGGUUACCAGGCACCAGGUUCUUUUGAUGCUUUGUGGGCUCAGGCUCUCAAAGAGGAAGCGGCAACUCUGAAACAUGGACAGAGAAGGAAGAGGGGAGGAACAGGUGCUGGAAGGACAGAGGGGGCUGGGAGAGGAAAGGGUCCACGCAAGCACCCGGGCCGACCUGGAGAACCACGUAAACCUUUAGGUCAUGCUGGGGGUGGGCAGGAUUGAAUCAGUGUUGCAACUUGCUGCUGGUGCUUGGUUCAGUAGUUUGCCUUUUGAAGUGUCAUAUCUUGAGAAUGUCUGUCAUAAAAAUGAGAGUUUAAAAGGGUGAUAUGUGACAAGUCCCUUUAUAGUUCACCUAAAAAUUUUAUUAUUUCAUUAUUUUUCACCCUUAACUGUUUCUUUAAAUAAAAAAGGCUGACUUCAGAAAAGUCUUACUUAAAUUUCCCUAUUGAAUUUUUUCUGUUUUUAUGCAACAGAGUGUUUUUCCGAUAAAACGUGCAAAAACGAAUUACUGUAUUUUUAGAGGUGUCUUGAUUAUAUACACUACUAGUCAAAAGUUUUUGAACAGUAAGAUUUUGAAUUUUUAUUUAUUUAUUUAUUUAUUUAUAAAGAAUUCUCUUCUGCUCACCAAGCCUACAUUUAUUUGAUUCAAAAUACAGCAAAAGCAGUAAUAUUGUGAAAUAUUUUUACUAUUUAAAAAUAAUGUCUUUCUAUUUGAAUAUAUUUUGAAAUGUAAUUUAUUCCUGUGAUCAAAGCUACAUUUUCAGCAUCAUUACUCCAGUCUUCAGUUUCAUAUGAUCCUUCAGAAAUCAUUCCAAUAUGCUCAUUUGCUGUUAAAGAAACUAUUAUUAUUAUUAUCAAUAUUUAAAACAUUUUUUUUCAGGAUUCUUUGAUGAAUAAAAACAUCCAAAGUUCAUCAUUUACAUGAAAUAAAAAACUUUUGUAUCAUUAUACACUAUACACUUCAAAUACUUGGAUUUAUUGAUUUAUUUUUUGGGAAAGAAAUUAUAGAAAUGAAUUAGGGCUGCAUGAUAAAUCAAAUGCGAUUUGGAGGUGCGUUUAGUCAGUAAAGCCGGUACUUUGAUUAGUAGUAAAUCUCCAUCACGUGCGUUCAGCUGGAGUGGCAAUUAACCCACAGAGCCGCAAAAUCACGCUCAUAAUCUAAUGCGAUUCAUCUGAGAUUAUGAGCGUGAUUUUGCAUAGCUUGUCAGUGACUUACGCCUUGUUUAUUGGUUUUGCUGUACUUUCGAUCAAAUAAAUGCAGGCUUGGUGAGCGGAAGAGACUUCUUUGAAAAACAUUAAAAAUCUCACUGUUCAAAAACUUUUGACUGAUAGUGUAUAUACAGAUUUUUUUCAGCAUAUAUGGUAUAAAUUGUUUAAAAAAUUGUGCUAGAAAUAUAUUGAAUUGUUCAGAUUGGUGAUCAUAUCUAAUCACUUUUGAUUUUUUUCAAGAAGCAAUUCAAACCAUUUUGAAGUAAACAAAUGGCUUUUGUUUUAUAUUCUUGCAGAUCUGAUUAACAGACUAAGUGUUAGGCAAUGUUUUUAAUAUCAGAAGAAUGAAAGUAGGCCUAUGUCAUGUUGUGGUACUGAACUCUCCAUCAUUUUAUGCAAAGGAAAAGGAAAUUGCGUAUUUUGAAUACCAAAUACGUCAGAAAAUACACAAAUUUGGGCUCUAAGGGUUGUGACCAAAGGCCAGUGUUUUUAUAUGGCACAGCUGAAAGUCUGAAACCAUGCAGAUUGGGUGUUGUUUGUUGAUAUAUAGUUCAGUUGGAAAACAUUUGUUCAGCUUUUAGGCAUAUCAGCAGCAGUGAAAAAACCUGAAAUGAACUUCAUGUUUUCCAAGACUUUAGAGAAAUAAGGAGACUUAGGUGAUAUAUUCGUUAAGAAAUUUCUAUUUUGUAAAAUUCAGGAAAAAUUCAAAAGGAAUUCAAAGAAUGUAAAUGAAGGUUGUGAUGUGUAGUUACAAACAAUUAUCAGUUCUGUGGCUGAUGAAAUUGUAACACCUCUUUUCCUUUGAGGAAAAUUGACUGUUUUGGAACUGAAUUAUUUUGAGUGAAUAAAGUGUCUUAUUAAGAUGUUAGUGAAUUUCCGCAUCUGUAAUAUGACAACUUGUUGAUCUUGAGACACAAACCUUUCUAGACUCUUAUGCAAAACCACAUGGGGAGAAGAGAGUAAAGUUUUUGAAUGUCAAAUGUUGUUUUACUGUAAAAACAGAGAACACACUGCAUAUUCUGUUCGGAUAGAGGAAGGGUGCUGACCACGAUAAGGUAGGAUGUUUUAUCAUUUGAGUCCAUGAAGCAAACAAUCUUUUUUCUACAGUUAGGUCAUCUGUAAAUAUUUCUGAAUGUUUUCCUUAGAAGUGGUAUUUGGGAUGCAGUUAUAGCACCUACAGCACAAUAUUUAGAGUAGUGUUUUUCUUUAAAAGGGAAUUUUUCUAAUGCAAGCCUAAGAAGAAAGUUUGUAAAGUCUGUAGAAAUAUCAAGAAUUUAAGCAAAUGACAAAUGAGUGGGAAAAAAAGUUUUCUUUCUUGUGGUUGCUGUUGAUUAACUUCAAUUUAUGCAUUUAUAUGAAUUAAUUAAAAAGCCUCCUAGAUAUUAGCUAGCAUGAAAUAAUUAUAUUUGUAGUAUUUAAUGGACUUGUAUGAAGUUCUAAAACCUUAUUUUUUAGUAUUUAAUAUGUGAUUACUUAAUGUUGCUCGACACAAUAUUAUAGGCUGAAGAGUAAACUAUUAAUGUUGUUUAUUAUCGGGAUUAUGCUUUCUAUAUUCUUGAUAUAACUAUAGUUUAAAAGAGGCAAUUUAUUAUUUUUAAAAAAACUUUUUUUGCUUGUGAAAUGCUAAUUUAAUCACAAUCAAUGACAUUAGUCUCAACAGAUGUACAUCUGUAUAUAUUUGAAAGAAAUGUAUAUUUUUGUUUAGCAAGGAUGCAUUAAAUUGAUCAAAAGUGACGAAUAUUUAUAAAGAAAUUUGUUUCAAAUAUAUGCUGUUCGUUUGAACUUUAUAUUCAUCGAAACACUUCUGAAGGAUAAUGUGACUGAAGUAAUGGCUGCUGAAAGUUCAGCUUUACAGGAAUAAAUAUUUAAUAUUAUUCCUAAAUAUUACUUUUUACCACAUUCAACUCACCCUAAACUUAAAAAAGCCACUGCAAGUGAGUGACAGAACAUAUUGAAAGCAGGUAUGUAUUUUACAUAGUCUUGUUUGACUAACUGUAAGAAGAUCCUUCUCAGUGGAAAAUAUGGUUUACUGUUUGUUUGCAUAUGAAUUUUGUUCAAUAAACAUAUAGGAUCAACUGCGCGUUUUUAAAAAUAA